AUGGUUGUUCGGGGGAUUUUCCGUGCAGUCAUUAUGGGACCACCCGGCUCCGGAAAAGGGACAGUGUCUGGCCGGAUAAGCAAAAGUUUUGGACUCAAACACAUCUCCAGCGGUGAUAUUCUGAGAUCCAACAUCAACGCUAAAACUGAGUUGGGCCUGCUGCUGAAGUCGAGUAUCGAUAGAGGUCAGUUGGUGCCCGAUGACGUCAUGUCUCGUCUCAUCCUCACGGACCUGCGGGCGAUAGAGCGGCGCAGCUGGCUGCUCGACGGUUUCCCUCGAACAGUCCCCCAAGCGGACUUUCUGGAUGAAGUCUACAGCGUGCACACAGUCAUCAACCUCAAUGUACCUUUCCACACCAUUAAAGAGAGACUGUCAUCUCGCUGGACUCAUCUUCCCAGUGGAAGAGUGUACAACGUUGAUUUCAACCCUCCUAAAGUGCCUGGUCGUGACGAUGUCACCGGGGAACUUUUGGUCCAGAGGGACGAUGACACGCCAGAUACAGUAACGAGGAGACUGAAGGCCUACCAAACCCAAACGGAGCCAGUCUUAGAAUAUUACAGGAGUAAAGGUGUACUGGAGACAUUUUCUGGGACAGAAACCAACAAGAUUUGGCCCCACGUUGAAGCCUUCCUCCACAAAAAGCUCUUUGUGCUGAAUCAGAAACUUUUAUAG